AUGAGCGGCGGCCUACUGCUGCGGCUGCCCACUCGCUCAAUGCUUCGCGCUCGUUUUCCGUCGUAAGUUACGAACACUCCGAGCUAAAGAAAAACAAGCAAACUCUAGUGGGUUGCGGAUCGCAAGCGUUGCUCGCUCGACGAGGAGUGCGUGAAAUGUUGUGUGUGUGUUCUGCUUAAACGCCCGUGUGUCGUACAUCGCUUCUCAGACGUCGUACUUAUGUGUGCUGUCCGUUUUGCGUCGUGACAACUGGAAUACACGCCGCCUCCUCGCCUCCCGAAAGGAUUCACAGGUGGUCGCCGAUGACAAUUCGUCUUUUAAGGAUCUAAGCUGCAUGUCUCCAGUAAAGAAGCACCACAUCCACAAUGUAUGCUCCUACCCAGUCCGAGCUCCGAGAAAGGCUCGAGAGUCUGCGGUCAUCCAGCUCCACUCCGACCGACUGGGAACUUAGGAUGCCUCAACGCAACACUAGCAGAAGCCAAAGGCCCAGGCGCUCUAAAGUCAAAAUGGGCUACCACACAUGGACACCUGGCAUGCUUCAUGACCAGCUUAUGGCUGAGCUCAAGACGCGCGAGGGAUCACGCUGCAACUGUUGUCCCUAUGGCUACCACAUACACCUAGACUUUGUGCAAUUCUGUGAUUCUCUUAAGGCGCAAGCAGCAAGAAGUAACAUGGACCAGAUUCGGCAACAGUGUCGGGAGAGGCGGCGGCAGCGGAAAUCGCUGCAGGCAUACCUCGGGAUGCUAGACAACGAGGUGGCCAAGCAGGAUGCCAUCAUUGCUGCUCCUCCAAAGAAACUAGAACAACUCCGCACAAAGACACCUCCAAGCGCACCCCCACCUGACUUGCUUGCAUCGAACGAUGAUACUUUGAACGAAGUUUUCCGCAACUUUGAAGACGUCCUCAGAAGCCACGAAAGAGGCCUGGGCAACGGCCACAUUGAAGACGGGCACGAGACUGAAAGUGAGCUGCAAAAGGUUGACCUCCUCCGUAACGCUCCCAAGUAUGCAGAUUCGCCAACAGUAUCCCCAGGGGCCGAAACAACGCAGACAUCGCCCUCCCAUUGGCGAGAGGCCGAUCAACGAAAAGCAAGUGAAAUACUGGACAUGGUCUUUGGUCCAGCUCAUUCGAGGAGUGGCUCCACUAGCUCUAUAUCAUCUUUAUCAACAAACUCAUCCAGUGCUGUUCAUGAUUUUCCGGGGCUUCGGGCAGCACUGGCGGCCCAGCGCCAUCACCUCACUGGCACCAGCCGGUCCGUUGCGGGGCACAGGGAGCAGGCCGCGACGAGCCCUAUCGGCAGCAGCAACCCGCUUGGCGUAAACCGUGCUGCCUUAGCCAACGUGAGAGACCUGAUGGCUACGAGUCUCGGCCGAAUCAGGCACCUUGAAGAUGAAGUCAAGGCCAUACCGCUUUUGCAGGAGAAGUUGUCACUCCUGGAAGAAGAAAAAAGACUGCUCAUGCUGCAGCUGAAAACAAAAUCAAACCAACUGGGCCAACGUUCUGUCGGAGUCGGUGACAACCACAUUCUAGGUCCAACGAAAAAAGAUUCCGGUGGUGAUGCCCUUGACGAGUACAUUCGAAAGUUGGAAAAGCAAGGCAUAACGGCUUCUCCAAAGACAAGCUUCUCAGAUGCCAAAGUUCAAGCCACUGUCCCAACGACUUCUACACAUUCCAUGACGGUAAGCACGAAAGAAGACGCGUCAUUCCCCGAAUCUCCGCCUUUGCGUCCAAGCCGAAGUUUAGACCGUGCAAAGCUAGCCACUGUUCAAAUCCGUAAGACAAUAGGCGUUGGGUGCUCAGUUUCAACGAAGUCAGUUGCAGUUGGUGAUAAUGGAGAACUGCUUCCGAACUCAAAGCACGAAGGCAGCCAGGAAAUUCUUUCAUCCCAGGAAGUGGACACAGAUUGGAAGCACAUUCCUAGGCCAAACUACACAGUCUGUGCACGAUGCACAGAGAGGGCAAAGAAGCAGUUUGAGAGCAAAGAGACAGCCACAGAUCUUGAAGCAGGCAAAGACGUGCACAAGAAACUGGAACAGCUCACUUUCGACGUCUGCGAGCCAACUUCCAUCAAGCCAGAGCCACGACCGUGCCCACAUUGCGAAGAACGUUCCAAGCGAGUAUUCGGUCACAGUUCCACAAACACAGAAGCAGUGCUCACGUCUAGUGUUGGCGUAUCAGUCUUGACGUUGCAACCAUUUGAAAGUCCUCCACCUGAGAGCCCUCAGCGGCCACGGAGGUCACGAAGUCAAGGAGCACAGACGCAGCGGGUCUUGAGGAACGUCGGCGUUCAGUUUUCUCCUGGACCCAUACGGAAACGUGACGUGAUGCUGCAGGCCGACGUCACCGAGAGGAGGCACGUCGGUCUGCAAGUCACGACAGUCGAGGCAAAGCCGCUCACGGUUUCCACGGGAACGGGUAUCACGGACGUGAGAAGGGUCGUUUGCGACCGUUGCGCAAACCUCCGUCAGCGGUCCGUUGCGGUCGGAAACCAUGUCAGUCGUAGAGACAUGGCCGUUUCCAUUUCAUUACAAGCCGAACGGGUGUCGCAGGGUAGUGGUGAUUGUUCUGUCACCGAUGUCCUUUGUGAGAAGUGCCAGUUGAAGCAGACUGAGACUAUCGGUGUCGGCGAUUUCGACGUCAACUGCGUCGUCUGUGACGCAUGCAUGGAGAAGUCAACGUCCGAGGAGAAGCCGCCCUCGACGCAGUCGGUCAGCACGGCGAUGACGUCUUCGGUGGAAGAGCCGCGGUCUCCAGGUGCCGUUAGAGGUGUGCGCCUGUGCGACAAGUGCAGCUGCCAGAUAACUAGCGUCGCCAAGGACUUCAUAGACAAAAAUGUGCUGGACCCUGUCCUUCCUACCUUGUCGUCUCGCAUUCCAAAGCUGUCGGGGCGAACUCCGAGAAAGACGGUGGCUCCUCGUGCCUCUUCGGUUCCGCCGUCCUCCGAGAACAGGAAUGCCCUCCUAGGAAGCCUCGGUGAUCAGAAGAUGGCAGCGAUGAGUCAGCAGCAGCUGAGGGAGCCCCCGGCCAGGAUGGCAGAGAGAUCAGAAAAACAUGAACCAAGCAAGGAGGUGAAGGCGGCUUGUAAGGUCCUCAACGACUACCUCAUGAAACCUGAGAGAGGAGACCCUAACAAACUUAAAACGGCCGUAUCAUUGAUACAGCAAGAGUGGUUCCAGAUUUCGAGUCCUGCUGACGCAGAUCCAAACAUGGUAGAAGACUACAUGGACACCUUCGAGGAGUUCUCCCGUCACCUGCUUCAUCGUAUUGUGAACAUGGCCGACGUGAAUGGCAACACGGCCAUCCACUAUGCUGUGUCUCAUGGCAACUUCGACGUUGUGAGCAUUCUUCUCGACUCCAAAGUGUGUGACGUGAGCAAGCAGAACAAGGCAGGGUACACUUGCAUCAUGCUGGUCUCUCUGGCCGAAAUCAAGAACGACACACAUCGACUUGUCGUUCAGCGGUUGUUUCAACUGGGAGACGUCAAUGCCAAGGCUAUGCAGAAUGGCCAGACGGCCCUCAUGCUGGCUGCUAGUCAUGGACGGCUAGAGAUGAUCAAGCUGCUUCUGGACGCCGGUGCCGAGCCAAAUGUGCAGGACAAUGACGGGUCAACGGCACUCAUGUGUGCUGCGGAGCACGGGUACAUAGAAAUAGUGCGCGUUCUGCUUGCCCACCCCGACACCGAAGUCUGUCUAGCGGACAAUGAUGGAAGCACGGCGCUGACGAUAGCCAUGGAAGCGGGUCACAAGGACACAGCUCUGCUGAUUUACGCCAAUAGCAACUUCUCCCGAGGCAGCUCCCCUUACUCAUCUUUGAGAAUGCGCAAACGCCCUUCUCCAAGGUCAACGCCUCCUCCCAGCCGCCCACCCAGGACACCUCCCCCUCCUAGCCCUGCACGGUCGAGACGAACGUCUACAUCGACCGUCAACUGACAUUCAAAUUGCGAGUCUUCAAUCAAACCGGUCUCUCUUUGACUUCAGACAUAGUGUGCACAUUACAGCACACACUGUCACCAAUGCUGCCAACAGAACCAUAACAUGAAUCUCACAUUGAAGGAAACCUGAGAAACCUUGGAGGAGGUCUGAGAAAUCUUGAAGGAAGCACGGAGAAACACUUGGAUCUUUCGCAGCUAUUAUUUUGCGAUUAUUAGGUGACCCCAUUAUUUUAUUUUAUUUUUUUUUCCUCCCUGUGAUUCGAAGGCGCACAUACAUCUGCCAUAACCCUUUCGUUUGCUCAUUUGAUAUAUGCUGCAGCCAUGUCAUCUGGUCUCGUAAGGUACCCAGGUGUCUGGAAACGAUUUCGUAGCUAUGACUUGAAAUAAUAGUCAAAAGCUAUUUGAUGCUCUUUGCAUUGCAAGUUAAUGAAAGGCGCAUCUGUGAAUUAUAAUUUAGGGCACGCUCUUUUCGUAGUGAAUGUUGUAGUAAGUUGAUGUUAAUUAUUUCGCACAUAAUUACUUGUUUUAAUAUAUAUAUACAUUCCAGCAUGCACUUAGACAGCAUGAAUGGCGUGCUAGACAUGUUCGUUGACCUUUUUCGUGACAGCUUGUUCCUGGCUUGUGAGUAAACAUCCUGUGCGUAUGAUUGGCCGUUAACCAGGUUGUGAUAUGAAUUUGUGCCUUAACAAUCCAAGAGCCAGAUUUCAAGGUCAUAUAUUUUCGCUACCGAAAUUUUAAAAGAUUUAUAUAUAUUUGGAAGGUUAAGCAGAGUUCACAAAACUCUUGCUACUCUUGUACUUGCCAUUUUCAUAAUGCGAUGUUUUCAAAGCUGCUUAAAGCAUUUUAGACAAAAUUUUCUGCUUGCUGUCUUCAGCAUUGCGUAGAGACAUUGAUCGCGUUUGGCUCUUGAACUUGUAGUGACUGUGGUUUUCGUAUCCCGUUGAUGGAGUGCUUGUUAUGCCAGUUUUAUGUCUCCGGGACUGUUAUUGUUACACAGCUCAUGUGCACUUGAUGUUUGCCUGUUUACAUGUGAGCUCUGUGAAAACGUGUACGAUAAGUGCGUAGUCCGGCGGUUUUUAAGAGUACUGACAAGACACUUUUGUCUUUUCUUUUUACAUUAAACGAAAGUUCCAUCCCUGUAAGUCCUAAAAAGAAAAUAUUAGCAAGCCUGAGAACGCCCCUAAAUAAUUUACCAUAACAUAUAGUAAGAGAUUCUACAAAGACGUCUCACUUUCUGUACAGGGAAGGCUGAUAUGUCAUAAAGUCACGGCACACUGGCUUGACCUGUUAUAAGACAGUUAUAGUUUAGCGGGCUUAGCGGAAUAGCGGGCUUACCGGAAUAGCGCGAUCGAAGUGCGCAUGCGCAGUACCGUAAACAACCCGUAGCGUUUACCGUACGCACGCUAUUUUUCAGAUUUAGCGUUAGCGUGUUUGCGUGGUUAACGUAGUGUACGUAAAACAUGGCGGCGGUUUUCGACGCCCGCUUCGAACUGAAUUUAGCGUUGAUGUGAACGGAUCCACUUCUUUCGUAGCAAACGACUGUGCGAAAUGGCUUCGCUUGCCUUCAGGUAGCUUCGACGACACGGUAUUACGGAUAACUUAGCGUAGUUUUUGAGAUUGCUUCCCAUUUCGAAAGUCCCUAGGCCUAUCUAGAAGAUCGGUGUAAACAAGUCUGCAAAAAGAAAAUUUUCGCUUUUGGUGCUUAGCUCAUAUUUAUUUACUUUUAUUUUCACUAAAAGAAGGAGUGAUAUCGCUGCGUGCGGGGAUACAGCAAGCAUUCUCGGUUUUGUUCUUUUCACUUUUUUUAACGCAUUCACCCUUCGCUAGGUGGCGCCACCAUCCCGGCUUGGGCACGUAAACGCUAUCCCGCUAAACUAAAACACGCUUUCUGCAACCAACGUUUGCGGCACGGUAACGCUAUUCCCUUAACCCCCGCUAUCACGCUAAUGCUAAACUAUAACUGUCUAUAAUUGCUGUGGGCACCAGAUGCCAGUUUAUCCAGAGCAAACCAUUUUGGUUCUUUUUCUGAGUAACGUCACAUACCUAAUCGUACUGCUACAUGACACGAGCUCGUUUCACUCGUGUCAUGGCUUCAUGAUACUGUUACUUACGGCAGGUAUGAUAUUUCGAGACCAACUUUCGUACCAAGUCGAGAUAUCUUAUACACGUUUCCCAACUUUCAAACUAGCUAAAUUAUGUCCUGUUACACGUCAGAAGCACAUGGUACAGUUUGUACUACAACUUCGAAAACACGUUGGUACUCUUUAAAAACGAAAAAAAAUCAUUCAGUGUGUAUGUUGGUUGUAAUCAACAUAGAAUGGCCAAGUUGACAGGGUGUAGAAGUGUUGUUUGUUGCAUGACGAAUGUUAGAACAGCUUGCAAGUUUUAAGAAAGCCCGCAUGUGAUUGCUUCAAGUAAUGUUAUUAUAUGUGUUCCGUCUCUACACACAGAAAGACUGAUCCACCUAUGACGUCAUAAUGUGUUAACAGAACAUUGCAGUGUAGAAAUUCUGGAUCCAAGAAAGGACAAAGAACACGUUAUAACACGUUACACGUUAUAAGAGAUUUCAGUUGCUGAUCGGGGUGUGUGAAGACAUAUGUAGCUUUACAAGAAUACUAAUUGAAACAUAUUACUGUUUGUGGUAAGGCUACGAUGAUCCACUCAAGUAGAAGUUGUGCUUUAAUGUAAACAAUGCAGCUUCAAGUUCAUUAACUGAGAGAUAAGUUGAUUGUGAUAACGACUUAGCCGUUCAGCAGCUGACAAGUUUUACCUUUUUUGCGCACUCGUGUUCUAAUCAUUAGUGAGCUCUAAUCAAAAUACGGUUAGCAAGUGGAGCAGUCUGUAUGUGACAUUGACUUUCUUUCCAAAUGUUCGUCGCGAUUUUCUCCAUCGGAAAGAAAGGUGCAAGGUGGUACACUACAGACGUCCACGCUAGUGAACAGUCUUUUUAAAAAGUCUUAUGUAUAUCGUGGAUGAGUAAUAUAUUCAUGAGGCACAUUGUUAUCUGUGUGGAAUUUAGAUGACAUGAUCUAGCCACACUGAACUAAGCUCUUUUGCAUUCCAUCUCUUCAUGAAUGCACGCAAGAGUUUUCCUUUCGAAGCGGGUGCUCUGCAGAACCGUAGCUUAUGCGACUUUAUGCGACUUUAUGCGACUGGCCUCCCCUUCCGUAGCUUUCCUUUUUUUAUUGCACGUGGUUUUUAGCUGUUCAAGCAUGUGUUCAAGUUGCUGUAGAAAGCUCAUUCUUUUUUAUCUUUUGUUGUGUGAUAAGCAAUAAUACUUUUAAGCUAUAUUUAUCAUAUUUGCACUAUAUGUACAUGCACUGGCUUCUUAUUGGAUGUUCAUUUAAUGCACUGCAAGAGUUCCAACAAUGGUACUCUUACUACUUUUGUGGGAGCUUUGCUAGUUGUUUUAAUCUGUUUAUAAUGUCACCCAGCCGUUGUCUUUUAUUGCCUUUUUAGCCUUCUAUCGGUAAUGUUAUGGGUAUGUAUGUUGUUGCUGCUAGCCCUGUAGACAGGUCUGCGUGUCGUAUUUUGAGGAAAGCGUCUUAGCGCAUUCUUGUUGUGCUAGAGGCUUUUUCAAUGCCAGCUUUGCCACUCUUCACCCGAUGUUCUCACACAUCACCGGUUACAUUGAUUAGCUUGUCUUUAUUUGUUAAUGUGUAAACAAUACUUAAGAGUGAUCUGCUUGGAAAAUGUUUUUAAAGAUGGACACAAACACACAACUGUUCUGCAUUUCAUUACCUUACUUUUUAAAA